AUGGCGGGCGAGUCACGUGAUGCAGGGGUGUUGGAGCUUCUCCGGGACGCUGUGGAGUCGGAGCUAUUGUUUCGCGUUUCGGCAGAGGAGGCGGGGGAGGUCACGGCGGUGGUGGCAGCUGGUGUGGAUGUGCGCUUGGAAGGUGGAAUGCAUCAUGGAGGUGGAGCGAUGUGA